AUGGUGGCUGAAACUUGGAUAUUAAAGAUGGGAAAUCAAAUGAAUGGCAGUUUAAAGCAUGCUUCGCUUCUUGAUAAUUCAAAAAAGUCAUCAUCCAAGAAACAAGGUCAGCAAGAAAAACAAGUUAUUGGAAUUCUUUCAUUUGAAGUUGCUAAUGUGAUGUCCAAGAUUAUUCACUUGCAUAAAUCCUUGACUGACGUUGAGAUUGUUAAGCUUAAAAAUGAGAUCUUGAAGUCUGAGGGAAUAAAAGCCCUUGUGACUAAUGAUGAAUCAAUGCUUUUAGAGAUAGCCCUUGUUGAAAAACUAGAUGAUUUGAAUAGGGUUGCUAGUGUUGUGUCUAGGUUAGGGAAGAAAUGUACAAUUCCAGUUUUGCAAGGAUUUGAGCAUGUGUAUUUGGACCUUGUUUCUGGGUUGAUUGAGGUGAAAGAGUUGGGAUUCUUGGUGAAGGAUAUGGAAAGUAUGAUGAGGAAAAUGGAGAGGUUUGUCAAUUCCACAGCUAGUUUGUAUAGCGAAAUUGAGGUCAUGAAUGAGCUAGAGGUGGCCACCAAGAAGUUUCAGCAAAACCAGCAUGAGGAGAGUAGGAAGGCUUUCGAACAGAAAUUGAUGUGGCAGAAACAAGAUGUGAGACAUUUGAAGGAUGUUUCGCUUUGGAACCGAACAUAUGAUAAGGUUGUUGAGCUGCUGGCAAGGACUGUGUGUACGGUCUAUGCACGGAUAUGUAUAACAUUUGGGGAUGGCAUUUCAAAAAAGGACAUUUUGAAUGCUUCGGUUUCCAGGUCACAGGUUAAUUUUAGUGGAAGUUUGCAGCAAUUGAAGCAAGAAUCUGGACAUAAAUCCAAUCAAUUGGAUUUAAACCUAGCAGUUCAAACAAAUGCUAGUUCAACAAAGUCAUUUUCAGCCAAGAGUAGUGGUUAUGGUCAUUCAGUUCCCAUUGAGAAAGUGCAGUCAGAGGAGAAGACGUUAAAUUUUAGGCCUCAGGUUGAGUUGCACAAAAGUGUUUGUGGCUUGUUUGAUCCUGAGGCUUUCAAUUUUAAAUGUGCUAUGGUGUCCGGGAGGAUGUUUAUGGAAUGUUUAAGUUUGAGCAACUCGACUUUGAAAGUGGACGAUGAUGAUUAUGUUAGUCAUGAUGAUCGAAGCAGUCAAAUUUCAGGACGCUGCAGUGUUUCAAGUGGUGUGAAGAGAGAACAACUCAAUCUUUCUGGUUAUUCCAUUCGUUCCCUGAACAGUGAUCCUUUCGGUGAUAACCAGAGGCCGUGUAAGUCUGGUUCAGUAAAUGUUGUGAGGUUUGGACCUAAAAGUAGUUUGAUGGUGUAUGCUCCUCCUAGCACUGUUGGAGGCUCUGCUUUAGCCCUGCAUUAUGCAAAUGUUAUAAUUGUCAUAGAGAAACUGCUACGUUACCCACAUCUAGUUGGCGAAGAAGCUAGAGAUGAUUUAUAUCAGAUGCUGCCAGCAAGCCUACGAAAGAUUCUGAAGAUUAAAUUGAAGUCUUAUAUAAAAGACCUGGCAAUUUAUGAUGCGCCACUAGCCCAUGAUUGGAAGGAGAGGCUUAAUGAAAUGCUUAAAUGGCUAGCCCCACUAGCACAUAACAUGAUCAGGUGGCAAAGCGAGCGUAAUUUUGAGCAGCAUCAAAUUGUCACAAGAACAAAUGUUCUUUUGAUCCAGACAUUAUAUUUCGCUGAUCGUGAAAAGAUGGAGGCAGCCAUCUGUGAGAUACUUGUUGGUUUAAAUUAUAUAUGUCGUUAUGAGAAUCAACAAAAUGCGCUCUUGGACUGUGCGAGUAGCUUUGAUUUUGAGGACUGCAUGGAGUGGCAAUUGCAACUUGGCUCUUCAGUUCAUCAUCAAUUUUAA